GUGAGCCAGGCAGUCAGUCCUGCAGCAGGAGCCCACCAGGGAAUGCCUCGCCCGCCGCCCCGCUCUCCCACACUGACUCGCCGCCGCCACGCAGCCAGAGACGGUGGUCGCGCGCGGCUCGUGGUUUGAAAGAUGCAUGACAAGCAGGGAAAGCAUUGCAGCAAGGCUCUGGUGAUUCUGGCUAAGCAAAAAGUUUCAGCGAGAGAACAAAGUUGAGUUACUGUGAUGCAAAUUCUCUCAUAGAAACAAAAAUGUGACGAAAAGAAUAAAGUGUAACUUCCAGCAAAAGGCAGCUGACGGAACCUUCCAGUUCAGUCACAAUGGAAGAUAAUGAUAAAGAUAAACUGGGAGACAAGGCUGUGCAGGCCGGCGGUGGCAGCGGCAGCAGUGGUGGUGGUAAUGGUGGUGGUGAAGGAUGGCCAGCUCUGCUAAUGGAGUGCGUACUACAGGCGUGGCCGGAGCUCAAUGCCACGCACAGCCUCCCUGUGCCCUCCCACACACUCUCCAACACCUCACACACAUUCUUCUUCGACCACGACUUCUACAGGCGGCUCCUCAACCUCUCGGAGUCAGGGGAGCUGAACGGCACGGAGGCGGGCGGCCUGAGCAGGGAGCGGCUGGAGCAGUGCCUGGCGCCGCCCCCCGCUGACCGCCCCUACCUCCUCCCAUGGUGGCAGCAGCUCACUUGGACCCUUGCCUUCGGUGCCAUGUUGCUGGUGGCUGUCGGAGGCAACGCUAUAGUCAUGUGGAUCGUUAUUGCACACCGACGCAUGCGCACCGUCACCAACUACUUUCUGGUGAACCUGAGCGCCGCGGACCUGCUCAUGGCGAUCUUUAACUGUAUCUUCAACUUUAUCUACAUGUUGCACAGUGACUGGCCUUUUGGCGCCGUGUACUGCACCAUUAGCAACUUCAUGGCCAACGUCACCAUCGCUGCCAGUGUCUUCACCCUCAUGGCUAUCUCCUUCGACAGGUACAUCGCCAUCGUCAGGCCCCUCAAGCCCCGGAUGUCGAAGAGCGAGGCGCGGCACUUCAUUAUCUUCAUUUGGCUGUCUUCUAUGAGUCUAGCGGUGCCCUGCCUCCUCUAUUCUACCACUGUGUCCAUCAAAUACAAAAACGACGAAAUACGGCGAGGGUGCUUCCUGCUGUGGCCAGACGGACAGACGAGCAUAUCUUACCGCGAAUAUGUGUACAACAUCGUCUUCUUCGCCACCACCUACGUGCUGCCCAUGCUGGUGAUGCUGGUGAGCUACACACUGAUCAGUUGUGAGCUUUGGGGGAGCCACUCUAUCGGGGAGCUCACGGAUAGACAGGCCAGCUCUAUCAAGUCCAAGAGGAGGGUGGUGCGGAUGUUCAUCGUGAUCGUGGUGGCGUUCAUGCUGUGCUGGCUUCCACAACAAGGCUUCUUCCUCUACCAGUACCACAACAGCCAGGUUCUUGACAGCGCUCACAUACAGCAUAUCUACCUCGGCUUCUACUGGCUCGCUAUGGCCAACGCUAUGGUGAACCCGAUCAUCUACUACUGGAUGAACGCCAGAUUCCGGUCGUACUUCCGCGAGGUGGUGCUGCAGUGCUCCUCGGGGCGGUGCUGCUGCUGCUGCUCCACGCCCUCCACCUACCUAGACUCCCCCCACUUGACGCGCCGCCGCCAGGACAGUAUCGAACACACCUCCAGAAGCAGAUCAGGAGCAGGGGGAGUGACGCCAAGGUUCUGCACCAAGGCGGGCGGCAACCAGCACCACGACAACUUCUUCAUCCGCGGCAUGAACUGCUCCAAGCCCCUGGACGCCGCCUACUGCCACGGCCACCUCAAGGCCAACACCGAGUGGCACCAGAUGCACUACCUGUCAGACAAGGGAAACUUCUCCUUCCAGAAGCAGGUGGAUCCACUCUACGCCCACAACCUCAAUGGCGUCAGGAAACCACAGAACGACGACACCUUACUGAGCCAGCAGCUGCGGGGAGAGGACGCCUGGAAGACGCCGUGCGAGCCCGCCCUGCCUCACCUCCCGCCGGAGAAGCACGACGACCUCCUGCUGGUGCCAGUGCUCGCCAGUCCGCCGCUCCGACUGCCGCACACCACCCCGCUACUCAACUCCAACCACGUGCCGCGGGAGAACCUCACCCCCAAGAGACACGCGCCCAAGGACAACUGCAUCGAGAUGAAGUGUUUGUCUCGCGAAAACAACCAUAUCACUCCACCGAGAAUUUUGCUCAACGCCAACGCCAACUCCACCAGGGAGCAGGAGCGAGUGUCGGAGCCUCACGUGGGACCAGGCGAAGACCAUACUCCGGCGGGCCUCGUUCACCAGGCCAUCGAGGAGACACUGAUGGCCGCCAUGCUCCAGUCCUGCCCCUGCGACCAGACCGUCCUCGACACCAGUAAAAAGUGCGAGGACACCACCAGUAUCAAGAUGUCCAAGGAAAUUAUGUUGUGAUCCCUCUCCUUGACACCCCGAGCCUCGCCGGGCCGUUGCUGUUCCUUACUGUCCGUCACGAUGUGCUUCAGUUAAUAAAAGCAAGUGUCAUGAA